UCCCAGCCGGUGGCUAGUCGGUUCAGUUACGCCACGAACGUAGUAAGUGUAGCAUCAAUGUUUAUUUAUAUUUACAGUGACAUUAAACGUGUUUAAUUUACUAAGGAUACAAGUGACAGUCAAUUUGAGAAUUUGUACUUGAAUUAUUAAUUAAUAGAAAUUGGCUGUGAUUGUGUUUCAAAGAUAUUGUGAUGGUGUAUAAUUUAUUAAAGUGACUGAAUGGGUGAAAAGUGAGGUGACCAAGUGUAGAAAACAAGAGGAACGAUGACUAUAAAUAUGGAUCGAGGAGGUUAUGCAGCAGAAGGCGCCACUGGUGCCUUCGAAUAUUAAGCUACAACAACCUAGCACCCCAACAGUACGAAACAAGGGUUUUUCAGCAAAUUUCUUCAAAGCUACCUUUAGUUCCCGAAGCAAGGCGGUUCCUACCGCCUCAUCUAUUGAUUACGUCGAAGAAUCUAUCAAAAUAGGCAGCGCGGAGACUAAACCUAUCACUAGAAAUAGGCCACGGACAGCCCCGCAAGAAUCUAAUACUAAGGUUAAACUAAAACGGACAGAUCUUGCGAAGCCACCGGUCAGACGACCUACGAAACUUGCUCUUGACCCUAAACGUCCUGAGAGAAUCAAGUCAGCGUCACCAGACCCAGGGGGCUCUGUUACUACGGAAAUAAGCAAACAUGACUUGAAAACUCAGAAAUCUGUAAUACAGAUAGUGAAAAAGUCCCACAUACUCAAUCCAGCAGACAGCCUACUGCCGCCAUCUUUGAAACCGAAAGUGGGUGAUAAAAACGUUAAAUUGACCAAGAAUAUCAACAAUAAUGAUGUUUGGACCAAUGCAAAUGAUAUUAAAACCUUUAAAAGACCGGCUCCGCCAACUCCAGUGAGAGGCCCGAGCCAGGGGAAGCAGGAAUCGACCCUGAAAGGCGCUCCUUCCGUAUCCAGCCUCGACUCGAAGCAUCACAAAGUAGCCCCAGCUAGAGAUAAGUCCUUGAAGAUUUUUGGGUCAAAAGAGAAGUUGCACAAGCCGAAGAAGAAAGAUUUGGGGAAUAACAAUGCUGUUUUGGAGGACCCUGAAUUGAGGGAGGCUUUGGACACGUAUGAAGAUGCGCAGCCGAGGGUUGGGGAGUACGGGAGCGCCGAGGAGUUGGGGUCGAUAGGGGAGAGGGGGUCACAGGAGUGCAUCAGUCUGCCGGUGACACUGAACGCCGAACACAUGCCGGGCUUCCAGGAGGUCGAGCUGGACCUCCGGCCUAGACUGCCGUCUGAGGCGUCUCUGGCAUCGGGUGCUCGCGAAAUCGAGUCUCUCCGACAAGAACUGGAAGCCACCGCCAUGGAGCGUGCACAACUGCAGGCCAGGGUGGACGAGCUGCUGGAGAAGGUUGCAGAGGCGGACCGACUGAGGGGCGAGCUUGAUAGACUGAAGAGCAUAGAAGCGGAGCGUGAAGCGGCGCUGGAGCGGUUGGCAGACGAGAACGGAGCGCUGCGCGCGCGCCUGCGCGGCGUCGCGCACUCGCCGCUCUCGGACAGCGAGAAGCGCCAGCUGCUGCUCGCGCCCGCGCCCCGCCGCAUGCACUCCUCUGCGCCUGCGUCGAUCGCACUGGCACAUAAUGGCGAAGGCGACAGCGGUGAAGCCAGCACACCAGAAUGGGACAAGCAUUCCUCAUCAUCCCUCAGCGAGGUCUCCGUCGCGUGCCUGCAGGACCGCAUACAGCAGAUGGAAGAACAUCACUACAGCACAAGCGAGGAGCUGCAAGCCACUCUGGCGGAGCUGGCGGACCUGCAGACGCAGCUGGCGGACGCGCACGCGGACAACGAGCGCCUCGCCGAGGAGAAGCAGCUGCUGCUGGAGUCGCUCUGUCAGCAGACUGAGAAGCUGGAGGACAGCAGGACUAAGGUGGACACACUGCAGCUGUUACUGCGCGAGGGCGCCGAGCCCGAGACCGUGUCGGCCGCAAACACCGACCAACAGCUCUUCGCCGUCUUGAAGGUGUCGCAAGAGGAGAGGCGUUUGUUGCAAAGCAAGCAGGAGCAGCUGGAGGCCGAGCUGAAGGACACCAAAGCGGCGGUGGACGACAAGACCAAAGACAACGCAGCGCUGCAGGAAAGAGUCAGGGUACUAGAAAGCACGUUGGAGCGCACAGAAGCGGAGCGCUUGCAGUGGGAGCAUGAAGCGGGCGCGGCGCUGGAGAGCGCUGCAGCGCGGCAGCAGCAGCUGGACACGCUGACCGAGCUGCUGGACGCGGCCAAGGCCAAGCUGUCGGAGCGCGCAGGCGCGGCAGAGGGCGCGGCGGAGGCGGAGGCGGCGGCGGCGGCGGCGCGGCGCGAGGCGGAGGCGGCGGCGGCGCGCGCGCACGCGCUGGCGGAGCGCCUGGCGCACGCGCAGCGACAGCUCGACCGCGCGCACUCCGACGCGCGCAAGCUGCACGACGACGCGCUCGUGUCCCGCAACACCGCCAAGUCAACGAUAUCGGAGCUGGAGUUCCAACUGGAACAAAUGAGGCAGGAGAAGGCGGCGCUACAAGGAGAGAUGAAGACGCUACAGGACAACAUGGCCGAGCUACAGAUACAGGUGCAGGUGACGUCGGACGAGAAGCUGUCGCUGAUGUCGCGCGCGAGCGAGGCGCUGUCGCGCGCCGCCGACGCCGAGCGCCAGCUGCAGGACGCGCGCACCAGGCUGGCGCAGCUCGUGCGAGACAGGGACAGAGAUGAAGCAGAAUGGAAGCAGUUCCAAAGCGAUCUACUGAUGACGGUGCGAGUAGCCAACGACUUCAAGACCGAAGCCCAGCGGGAGCUGGAGCGGCUGGUCUCCGAGAACAAAUUGGCCCGCGACCGCAUCCGGUUGCUGGAGGACCAGAUACACUCCAUGAAAGGUACUAACAAGUCAGGAUCUGUGGAUAACGUACACAAUUUCUCAGACGAUGAGAAACGCUGGUCCAGAUCCUCGGAUACGUUAGAUGAUCUCGGCGAUACUUUGCAUAAAGAUGUCUUUAAAAAUAUCCGAACGAGAUACCUCAGUAGAGUUCAUAGUGUGUCUGAUCCUGCUCUUAAAGACAGUAUCGUCGAUCAAGCAUUUUUCAAAUCGAACAACGUACCGGAAGAUCUAAAUGGUGCAGAAGUUCCGCGUGAAGAGUUUGUUAAAAUUGAAAUCGAUAAUGUUACUUUAGAUGAAACAGAUGACACUAGCCCUAAACAUUCAUCUUCGGAUAUCGUUGCGGUGAAAGGUCAAAGUGAAGUAUCCGCUGAGACCGUCCUCACACUCUUUGAUAACAAAGAGCUAACGAGGCAAGAUGCAGUAGAUGUGGUCGGUUCCAAAAUCAGCAGACAGCAAGCUUUGGAUUUGUCGGCAAUAUCCCCGGACGCGUCUGAAGAUGUUUUAUUCCUUGAUCUCAACACGGCUAGUGAUAAGUUAGUAACGAAAUCGGAAUCCAGUAUAGUGCCUAAGCCUAAACCAAGAGAAAGAACAAUAUUCAGCAGGAAUUUGUCUGAAAUGUACAAUGGCAAACCAAAAUCAUAUAGUUUGGAUAACUUAAAUACUCACGAUGACUAUCAAAAUGCCUUGAAAGAAGCUACUAGCAUAGACUUUAUAGAUGGUACUAUAAAUUACAGUGAUAUGUCAUUAUAUACAGUUGGUUCUGAUAGUGUAUUUACUUCGCCCGUUGGAAAAAAUAACAAUAGAAUUAGAACUUUGUCGGCACAGAGUUUAUCAACUCCUCUAACGAGCUUUAGUUCCUCCAAUACUUUUACUGAUACAAGCAAACCUUGUAACAUAAGUAAUAUGGCAAGAUUGGAUAUUGAUAAUAAGAAAGACAAGAAUACAAUACCAGUAGUAAAAGCGGAAUCGUUACUGCCAUUCCCAUACCCCGAUGAUAUAAAUAAUGUUUCAGAAUUUGAACCGUUUUUAUCACCAGUUAAAGAAAAAAACAUUGCUAUUGUAGAAACAAUUGAGGAGGAUAUAAAAAAAGUUAAUGAAGAAUUAAAACAUACCUUUAGAGCUGCUAUUGAUAGAAUUACAGGAACGAAUAGGGAAAAAAUAUCUCGAAAAUCAGAUAAACAGGAGUCUAAAAGCCCAUCUCCAGAAUUUGUAAAAAAGGAGUCGAAAGAAUUUAAGAAAAGGGGAUCGAUUUCUAGUGAUUUUAAAGGAAAAGUAUCGCACCCGCAUAUAUUUCCGAGAAAAAAUUCGUCCGAUACUGUUGGUGAAUCCUCGAAACCAGUUGUAAAGGAAUUAAUUGAAAGAGUAGAUUCACCACCCUUACAAAUCUUUGAUCAGAAAGAGCUCAAUGAUCAACAUCAUCAGAAAGAUAUUCGAAUCAUUGAAAAAUUCAAUUGUGAAUCUGCAAAUUUGACUAGUACAGCUUUAGGUAAUGUUAUCCAAUCAGAAGAAGAAAUUCGAAUUGAUUUUAAACCUAAUAUAAAUGAAAAUUCAAAUACAACAGACUCCUCCUCAGUGGAAAGUAGUUUGGGGCAAAAUAUUAAUAGUGGUAAUCCUUUUGUAGAUUCAAUACAAAAUUCGAAUGAUAUAUCUCCUUCUGGGUUAGUAGAUGACGUUAGUUACCAUUUAAGGAUUAAUACAGUUAAUGAUAUACCUACUAUUCCUGAACCAGCUGCGGGAAAUGAAGUUGCAUUAGCGAAAUAUAACGCAGCUAUUUUAGAAAAUGAUUGCCAUAAAAAAGAAGGCAGACUAAAGGCGUUUUUAACUCCAAUCAAAAUUGUAAAUGGUGCCAUAGAUAGGACGUCUCCUAUAAUUCUUAGUCCAGUUUUAAUACAGCCGGUAUUUUUCAAACAACAUCAGCAAAAAACUAUCGAGCAGAAACAUGAUGACAAAAGAGCAACAGUAUAUUAUGAUGACAUAGGCCAAGUGAUUUCCAAAGAAAACAUAUCUGAUACAAAAUUUGGUAGUGUCAGUGAAAAAAAAGGUAUAUUCGAAAAGAAUUCAAAAACGAAAAAUUUACCAUUCCUUUCUUGGAAAAAUUUAGGGAAUGUUGAAAAUCCGGAGCAGAAAUCGCUACCUUCUAAAAAUAAAGCAGCAUCUUCAAAAGUCGUCAAGUUGAGUAAAACACCUGAAUGGUUGAUUGACAACCAGUACUAUCAACCAAUCGAUAAUGUUCCAUUUGUUAUAAACACUACGCAAUCAUUCUCUACAAAUGCACCUGUAGAAAUAAAGCAGCCAAUAAAUAACACAAAUCCAUUCCUACCUAUUAUCGAGUCUAGAAGAUCAUCUGAACAGGAGCAUUAUUACGAAGAAAUUGGACAACCAGUAGUGCCGAUUGAAAAUAAAAACGCAGCUGAUGACGACAAACUAUCGAUAAAGGCUCAAACGAAGUCAUUCGAUGAUUUCGCUGCAGUGACACGCGAGGAGAUUUUGAAAGUGCCAAGACGGGUUAAGAAACCUAAAAGAGAAUCUUCCAGAGAUGAAAACGAUCCGGCCAAUAUAGUCAAAGAGAUGGCUCAUAUUACUAAAUCUGUGAUCUCGUUGUCGCGUACGCCCAGUGCUAAAGAAGUGCCAAAGAAAUCUACCAGUUCUAUUGGAGAAAUUGUACAAAAUCUGGAACGAAACUCGCCACAACCUGAGCCUCGAAAAAUGGAAGCGAUAAGGAAAAUUUCUCUCCAAGGGCAGAAAGCACCGGCAAUAGUGACAAACACGGGUUCUUGGCCUCGAGAGCCGAAGCCUUAUUGGAAGACUCUGGAACACAAGCGUCUAUCUCAUCCAAUAAGGUCAUUGAACGAUCCGCCGCCCCCGAGACCGUUACCGAUCCCCCCCCGCACAGAGGAGACCCCUCCCCCUCCCCUGCUGACCAGCGCCUCCCUGCAGGACAUCAUGGCUACGGCAGCUUCGCACAGGCGGAAUAAAGGUGUAAGUCGUCAAGACUCCCGGUUGUCAGUGAAGUCCCUGAUAGAAAGCAUCGAAAACGCUGCCAAAGCGGCCAAGCAGUCGCCCACCACGCCCGUCGGCGACUGGCCUCAGCAAACGACAGUAGUGUCGGCGACCAGCAACCCCCUGAAGAACGGCAUGUCGGAGCCCCCCGCGCCCCCCAACGGCCUCCCCGCCCUCCCCGCCCCCUUCGCCCCCAAGACCCCCGCCCGCAGCGUGCGCACCGCACCUAUCACCACUGACUCGCCGCCGCCCGCCAACAUCCCGGACGAGCAGCGCGCGCUCUCGCUGCAGCAGAAGGCCAUCGAGUCCUUCGUCAGGAGGAACAGCUACGGGGAUAUAUGUGAGCGGAAGGACCCGUUAAAUGCUCUGCAGAAGAACGGCGGGUCGAAACGCAAUGCGCUGCUCAAGUGGUGCCAGCAGAAGACGCUGGGGUACAACAAUAUAGACAUUACUAAUUUUAGCUCGUCGUGGAACGACGGGCUGGCGCUGUGCGCGCUGCUGCACUCGUACCUGGGCGACGGCCGCAUCAACUACGUCGCGCUGUCGCCCAACGACAAGCGGACCAACUUCUCUAUGGCUUUCGCCGCCGCCGAGUCCGUGGGGAUCCCUACUACGCUGAACAUCCAGGACAUGAUCCAGCAGGAGCGGCCCGACUGGCAGCAGGUGAUGGCGUACGUCACCAGCAUAUACAAACACUUCGAGACGUAACUCGAUUACAAUCGAUUCUUGCUCGAAUCGUGAGUUGAUUUGAAAUUGGUCCCAGCAAGUGGCUAAACGCGAAGCAUUUGUGGCGUGGGCUUGAUUAAAGUUUUAUUUAUUUAAUUGAAUUUGCCCCAUGAGAUUUUUAUGAUGCCAUUUUGUCAGCAAUUUUUUUAUUCGUCAUCAAAUCGCGACUGCAGAUUUUGAGAUCUUAAAACACGAUUUUAGUAUUUUACUACUUUGAAAUUUGCAGUGACACAUAAGGAAAUAAUUUAUCGCUAGUGGCGACGUGAAUUUCGAUACAUAAUUCUUGAUAUGUAAAGAAUUGAAAAAUAAAUUAAAUUGAAAUACUCGAUGUGUGUCGAAUAUUUUUAUAAACCUAACGUAAACAAUCAUAAGUGAACUAUUUUGGCAGAAAAAUUUAUCAAAGCAAUGGAUUUAAAUUACUUACAUUAAUAAAUGUAUAACAUUCCUAAAUGCUUUAGGCAAGUGAUAUUUUUGAGGUAGAAUUGAGAUGAAUUGCCUUCAUUUGGCCUUGUAGAUGGAUUUAAAUAGGACUAAGGAAUUGAUCGACUAGAUAAUACACAACACAUUUUCAAGUAUCCAUUCCAUUAGAAAAGCGCCUUAAAACUAAAAUUAAUUAAAAGUAAACUUACGUCAUUGAUAAAAAGGCUUAUCUCGAAUACUUAUCUUGCAGAAACUUUAAGGUGUGUUGUGUAAAACCUUCAGGUAAAGUAACUGUCUUUCCAUUUAAGAGACUGAUAUAGAUAGUAGUUGGAUUAACGUUGUUUAGCUUUUAUCUCCUCAACUAAAAAUACAUUACCUACAUAUAAAUAAUGUGCAGGUGUUAAACGCACACGUACCUGUUAUGCCCCGACCCGAAACGUAGUAUUAUAAGAAGUACGUGCGCGAUUAAUACCUGUAUUAAGCAAUUAAUGAUGAAAAGCGAAAAUUUGAAAUUAGUUAUAGGUAAAACUAAACAACGUUAGGGUAGAUAAGAAUGAUCCAGCCUUAGUGACCGGGCCUUGCGACGUAUAUAGUCUAUAUAACACGUAGUUUACAUGUAAAUUAUAUACAUUGUGAUUGAGUAGACUGCUAAGCGAUGUGAACCUUAUUGUCUGUGUUGUGAAGUCUAAUUUUGUAUGCGAGAGAGCUGUUAAUUGAGGCUAGUUAGCGGGCACAAUUCAUAUGAAACAUAAUUAUGUAUUGUGUACAAGUGGGAGCGUUUCCAUGGAUUUAUAGUUCAUGGAUAAAGUGAAAAUAAAACUAACAAUUAUUUAACACUAAUAACAAUUCCGCUAGUCAACUUUAAAUUGUGUUAUGGUAUUUUUCAUUAGUAAGUGAAUUUACUUAUAGCCACAUUUUUUUUUUGAAAACAAAACAAUUCUAUCACUACUGAAAUAUUAGCUUUCAAAAUAUUCGAAAUAUACAGAAAGGAGGCAUAGACAAUAUAUUCUUUUGUACCUUUGUCUAUCUUACAAAAUAUUUUCUAUACGUCAUAAUAAUAUCUUCGACCGAACACUGCAUAUAGUAAAGUUAUACAUGUCCCGUUGUCCAUCUAAGUUAGUUAUAACUUUAAUCGCUAUAGAUACAUAGAUAUAGUCUUUCCAAUUAUAUAUAUAAUCGUAUAUUCUAUAUAAGGUAUUUGUGAUAACCAUUAUGUAAUCAAUGGUAUUUUAAUGCCAUUUACCGCGAGUUUAUUAGAGACAUUAUUGUGGAUUUUUGACUGACUGCAAAAAAGGAGAUUUACAAUUCGUCACUAUAUUUGUGACGUUCCACGGGUUUUGUAUGUUUUAUUUUAUUUCUGGUCUGGAUAGCUUUUAAUUAGCAGAUUACAGAAAUAUACCUAAAUAUCGACCAUAAGAUACUUUUACACGUAGAACGUCACAUUUUCUUGUUCUUCCGAAAAUACAUUGACAAGACGUAGUAGAAAAUUGAAUGGAUUUGAUGUUAUUGCAUAAUUUAUUAAAGAUGUAUGAUGAAUUAUCUAACAACGUCCAAUAUGUGUUGUGUUUCUCAUGUAUAACUUUAUGCUUAUCUACUAUAAAUAUAUUGUGAAGAUUAUAUUCCCUAAGGAAAUCGAAAUAACUAAUAAAAAAAUAUUAUUUUUUCUUGUUACGAUAUCUGGGAUCAUUCUCUCGCACUCAGUUAUUCAUUCAGAUUUCUUAAUUUUUGCUAGUUCUCAUAACUAUUUCAUCAUUGAAGAAUAACUCAAACUUCGCUGCUCUCUUCAUGUUCCAAUGUGAUUGAGAUUAGUGAAUUUUUGCAUUUUUAAAGGUUUUUGUAUGCAUAACUUUAUGUCUAUACUAAUAUGAAUGAACGGACAUUUCCAUGAUAUAAUUCCUUAAAAUGAUAAUUCUGUGAGUCUCUGUCGACUAUUUUUAUUCCAUUUUAAACUUUAAUAAGCCGAAAGAUUUGUAAUAUUAGAAAUUAAUAUUUUGACAUUUUGAUAUCAAUUUACGGCUAUAUUUUGUGAAGCAAAAAUCUUGUUACGCUCGGACAUAUGUAUACCUUGCCCCAACAUUAUAAAGAAAAAAAAAUUAAAAAAAAUAGUUGUCAAAAUUUCGUCUUCUCAAUUUUAGACUGUAUUGAGUUGAGGUUUCAAGUUGUUAGUCAAAUUAAAUUAUUAGGGGCCGGUGUGAUAUUGUGUUAUUAUUCGACUCGGUUGUUGAAGCUAUGUCUUGUAGGAUAAUUAUUGUCUAUUUUGAGAGAUUGUAUUUUUGUAAAUAUAGCUUAAAUAAAGUUCCUGGUUUAUUAUGAUUAA